AUGACCGUGGCCUACCUGUUCGGCGUGGGCGCGGGGAUCCGCGUGAUGGAGAAGCGCCCGCCCGUCCAGCGGCGGAUCUUUGAGUUCAUGUUCAUCUACAACGUGACGCUGGUCAUGCUGAACGCUUCGCUCAGCUUCACGCUGUGGAAAGAGGCCUGGGACCUUGGCUUCCCGUACCCGUGGGGCAACGGCCUGGACUUUUCGGAGCGCGGCCAUAGGCUGGGCAUGCUGCUCUGGUUCGAGUACCACGGCCGGCAGCUGGAACUCCUGGACACGCUGUUCGUGAUCCUGCGGAAGAAGUUCUACCGCAUGUCGCUGCUACACAUCGCCCUGAGGCUAUCGCACAUGUGGGGCUGGUUCUUCUGCUGCCGGCACGCCUGCGGCGGCGACUCGUACUUCCCCGCGGCGGUGAACUGCACGUGCCAGGCGCUCGUGUACUCCUACUACUCGCUGUCCCUCCUGGACUCCCCCGGCAUACCGCCGGUGCUGCUGAAGAGGGCCCGGGUGACGGAGGUGCAGAUCUCCAGGCUCAUGCUCUGCUCGGCGCACGCGCUCUACGUGCUGAUCCAGGGGAACCUCCCCCGGGCCAUUGCGGCGGCCAGCCUGUGCAUCAUGGGCUGCAGCCUGCUCCUGUACAUCGACUUUGACGGGCAGGGGUCCGAGGAUCGCGCGGGCCGCGCGCGCGGGGGCGCCCGAAGGUGCGGAUUCGCUACCGCGGGCCCGUCGCCGGUCUAUCGGCGAUGCCUCCCCGAUUCCCGGCCGAUGUCCCCCCCCCCAUGCCAGUCCCCCCUUAUCGUUGCCCUUCAGGCUGGUUCUACGUGUACCACUGGGGGGUUGCAGCCUGGCUCGAGGAACACAUCAUACCGCAGGGCCUCUCGGAGGAGGACUACUUUCAGGGCGACAAGUACCCAAAGGCCGUCGCCUUCAGCGGCUCCAGUGGGGAGAGGGACGCUCCAUGGGCCAGCCUCGUGCUCCUCGUCUUCUUCAUCUCCUCCUCUUCCUCCUGGUCAUCAUCCUCACCACCAUCAUGAUCAUCCUCAUCACCAGAAUCACCAUCAUCAACAUCAUCAACAACAUCAUCAUAGUCAUCAUCAGCAGCAUCACGAUCAGCCAAAGUAUCAUCUGUCUCAUCUUCAUCAUCAUCGGCAGCAUCGUCAUCAGCGUCAGAAUCAUCAUCUGCAGCAACAUCGUCAUCAUCAUCAUGAGCAUCAUCAUCAGCAUCAUCAGUAUCAUCACUAUCGAAUUCAGCAUCGUCAGCAUCAGUAUCCUCAUCAUUGUCUGCCAUGUUGCCCCUCAUCGUGGUCACCAUAA